AAGCGGCACUUGGUACGAUCCAUUCCCCGCCCCGCCCCGCCGGAAGUGAGGUGUCUCACUCCCGAAGUUCCGGCUCGCAGUGGGUGGGGAGUGUUGUUAAUCGGAGUCGCCUCCGCAGUCGCGGGGUUUGAGCGGGCUCGCGGUGCUGGGCACCUGGUCCCUAGGCCAGGGCAAUGUUCCGCACCGCCGUGAUGAUGGCGGCCAGCCUGGCGCUGACCGGGGCCGUGGUGGCUCACGCCUACUACCUCAAGCACCAGUUCUACCCCACCGUGGUGUACUUGACCAAGUCUAGCCCCAGCAUGGCAGUCCUGUACAUCCAGGCCUUCGUCCUUGUCUUCCUCUUGGGCAAGGUGAUGGGCAAGGUGUUCUUUGGACAGCUGAGGGCAGCAGAGAUGGAGCAUCUCCUGGAACGUUCCUGGUAUGCUGUCACUGAGACUUGUCUGGCCUUCACUGUUUUUCGGGAUGACUUUAGCCCCCGCUUUGUGGCACUCUUCACUCUCCUUCUCUUCCUCAAGUGUUUUCACUGGCUGGCUGAGGACCGUGUGGACUUUAUGGAACGCAGCCCCAAUAUCUCCUGGCUCUUUCACUGCCGCAUUGUGUCCCUUAUGUUCCUCCUGGGUAUCCUGGACUUCCUCUUCGUCAGCCAUGCCUAUCACAGCAUCCUGACCCGUGGGGCCUCUGUGCAGCUGGUGUUUGGCUUUGAGUAUGCCAUCCUGAUGACUAUGGUGCUCACCAUCUUCAUCAAGUACGUGCUGCACUCUGUGGACCUCCAGAGUGAGAAUCCCUGGGACAAUAAGGCCGUGUACAUGCUCUACACGGAGCUGUUUACAGGCUUUAUCAAGGUUCUGCUGUACAUGGCUUUCAUGACCAUCAUGAUCAAGGUGCACACUUUCCCUCUCUUUGCCAUCCGGCCUAUGUACCUGGCCAUGAGGCAGUUCAAGAAAGCUGUGACAGAUGCCAUCAUGUCUCGCCGAGCUAUCCGCAACAUGAACACACUGUAUCCAGACGCCACCCCAGAGGAACUCCAGGCGAUGGACAACGUCUGCAUCAUCUGCCGAGAAGAGAUGGUGACUGGUGCCAAGAGACUGCCCUGCAACCACAUUUUCCACACCAGCUGCUUGCGCUCCUGGUUCCAGCGGCAGCAGACCUGCCCCACCUGCCGUAUGGAUGUCCUUCGGGCGUCGCUGCCGACCCAGUCACCACCGCCCCCUGAGCCUGCGGAUCAGGGGCCACCACCUGCCCCCCACCCCCCACCACUCCUGCCCCAGCCCCCCAACUUCGCCCAGGGCCUCCUGCCUCCCUUCCCUCCAGGCAUGUUCCCGCUGUGGCCCCCCAUGGGCCCCUUUCCUCCUGUCCCACCUCCCCCCAGCUCUGGAGACGCUGUGGCCCCUCCGUCCACCAGUGCAGCCCUUUCUCGGCCCAGUGGAGCAGCCACAACCACAGCUGGUUCUGCUGCCUCUGCCCCAGCACCUGGCUCGGCCUCCACCCCUGACGCUGGCCCUGCCCCAGGCUUCCCCUUCCCUCCCCCGUGGAUGGGCAUGCCGCUGCCUCCACCUUUUGCCUUCCCCCCGAUGCCUGUGCCUCCUGCCGGCUUUGCUGGGCUGACCCCAGAGGAGCUGCGGGCUCUGGAAGGCCACGAGCGGCAGCACCUGGAGGCCCGGCUACAGAGCCUGCGCAACAUCCACACGCUGCUGGAUGCCGCCAUGCUGCAGAUCAACCAGUACCUCACCGUGCUCGCCUCCCUCGGGCCCCCCCGGCCUGCCACCUCAGCCAACCCCACUGAGGAGACUGCCCCUACAGCUGUCGCUGCUGCCUUCUCCACCAGCACCCCCAGCUCUGAGGCCACCACCCCAUCCCUGGGAGCCUCCCCACCAGCCCCUGAACCUGAAAAGCCUUCAGCUCCUGAGUCAGCGGGCACCGAGGAGCUGCCUGAGGAUGGGGAGCCUGACGCAGCAGAGCUCCGCCGCCGUCGCCUGCAGAAGUUGGAGUCCCCUGUUGCCCACUGACACUGCCCCAGUCCUGGCCCCUGCCCCCACUCGAGCAGUCCGCGCUGGAACACGUCCUGCCACCAAGUGGCAGCUCCCUCUCUGUCUGCACCAGGGAGUAGUAACCCCCAGCUCUGACACAGAGGAGGUGGCAUCUGACCAAGUGGAAAGAGGCCUGAGGCCCCAGUUGACUCCAGCCCUUACAGUCCCAGGCAGCCAUGGGGAUCUUGGGUCAGUUCCAGCCUUCCUCUCCAACCCUUCAGCCCUGUGUUCUGCUGGGGCCACGAAGACAGAAAGGUGCAGUGUCUGAGAAGCCCUCUGACCCACCCAGUCCCUUUCUGGGAGAAGGGGAGCCCCUCCGAGCCCCCCUUGUGUGUGGAGUCACGCUGCAGUGCCGAACAGUAUUAGCUCCUGUUCCCAAGUGUGGACUCAAGGGGCUGGAGGUAGGCCAGGAACUUGCUCCCGGGCCCACCCACGAAGACUGGUACUGAUGUCAUUUUCUUACCCGAACUCCCCAGGAGCCCUUUGUGGUGGUGGCUGUGCCCCUUGUGCCCUGUGGCAUCUCCAUGUCUUACUGGCAACCACACAGCUCAGGGAAGGGAGUGUCUGGGGUGGAGAAGCAGGCCGGCAGCACUGAAGGGCCCUGCUCUGCCCCUCCCCCCCAGGCCCUUUUCUCCCUGCAGUUUGUCUGAGGUGAGACUGUCCCUGGUCUCACCCAGCAGCCACUGUGCAACCUCAGUCUAGGCUGAGGGCUCUUGUGUCUGCUUCUGAACCACUGCAAGCCCCAGAACCUACAGAAGGCAACUUCUUAACUUACAGAAUUUUUCUUGAGUUUAGAAGAAUUGGAAUUACUUCCUUGCUAUUGUCUUUUGGCUUAAAUUUUGUCUUUGAAUUUGAAUGCUUGACCCCAGGAAAGGGGAGCAGGAGUGCCAAGCUCCCUGUCUUUCCAGUUUAGAAAAGGCUCUGGGCCAGGUGGGGACGACAGGAGCCAAGGCAUUGCCUGCCCCUGUCUUUUGCCCCUCAGUGUUGUGUUACAGGAGUUGCUGGAGACAGUUUCAGAUGAUUAUUUAAUUUGUAAAUAUUGUACAAAUUUUAAUAGCUUAAAUUGUAUAUAUAGCCAAAUAAAAACUUGCAUUAAUGACUGGU